CAUUAAUAUCCUGUCCCCAUUCGCUCUCCCGUUGGCUGGCUCCUCCCUGGUGUAAUAUAGAGCUCGAGUGCUGCCGUACUCCAUGAUUGCGCGGUAUACAGAUCAAUUUCGGUUAUAAUACAUUCAGACAACGUCGGGUUGUAACUCUCAACGAUAACGAUGUCGAACUCGGAAGAAGCACUGAAAUACUUUGCCACCUCUGCAGGGCUGGUUACCGUCAAGAUGAUGAUGUUUGGACCAAUGACCGCAUUCUAUCGGUUAAAAGACUCGGCAUUUGCGAACGAGGAGGAUUUGGCUCUCUCUAAUAAGAAAGAUCGACGAACAGUCUUCAAUCACCCCCAGAUAGAGCGUAUGCGAAGAUGCAGCAUGAAUGACCUUGAGAAUAUCGUACCCUUCGUCAUCAUCGGGGGACUCUUCGCCGUCUUCUCUGGCUCUUCUCUCACCACCAUCCUUUGGCAUUAUCGUAUCUUUGUUGCUUCAAGGUUCUUACACUCCAUAGCAUACCUGUUACCCCUGCCCCAGCCGUCCAGGGUUCUUUGUUAUGGGGUUGGAUUUGGCACCAACCUGUCCAUGGCCAUCCGACUUCUGAUGAACACCUGGCUUCUUUAAGAUGGAAGAGAAUACACUAAUCUAAUCCAAUCCAGGAAUGUAUAAAGCGCCAAUAUCUAGUUGCCUAAUCAAAGGCACUGAUGAGACUUGAAAAGCUACCAGAAAUAUCAGUUCAUGAUUCUAAUUGGGAAAGACAAAAAAGCAAUGACUAUUAUUGUAAGCAAUCUGAAAUACUU